UUCACCAAUCCCCCAAUCCCCCAAUCCUCCAAUUCCCAUCUGAGCACAGCUUCGGCCUUGCGACAAGAUGGAGACAACAGACGCCGUCGAGGCCCCUCUUGCCGGGGUUGAACAGCCCAAUGGGGCCCUCACAGUGAAAAAUGUCCGGACCGAAUUCCGCUCAAAGGCCGAGCUGGACCGCAUCCGCCGACAACGACAGGCGCAGAAGGCUUACGGGCGCGGCCGUCAGAUCGAUGUCAAGACCGUCAGGGACAAAAAGCUUCGACGGACUCUUAGCAAUCUUGAAAACAAGUACAAGACGGCCGUCCUGAAAGCAAAGGAGGCCGAGAUCUUGCUCGAGAAUACAGCCGGAUUCCUAGAGGCCGAGACGGAACUCGAGCGGACGUACAAGGUUCGCCAAGAAGAUAUCCAAAAGGAGGUCGGCAUCGAGGUUGCACAGAAGAAAUUCGAGUUGAAGCUCGAUGCUCUGGGUCCCUAUGUUUGCGAGUACAGCAGGAAUGGCCGGGAUCUGAUCUUGGCGGGGAGAAAAGGUCACGUCGCGACCAUGGACUGGCGGGAAGGCAAACUCGGCUGUGAGCUGCAACUGGGCGAGACGAUUCGGGAUGCCCGCUUUCUUCACAACAACCAAUUCUUUGCCGUGGCGCAAAAGAAGUACGUCUACAUAUACGACGCCAACGGUGUCGAGCUCCACUGCUUGAAGAAGCACGUCGAGGUUUCGCACAUGGAGUUCCUCCCUUACCACUUUCUCCUGGCGACGUUGAGCAUCAGCGGUCAAUUAAAGUACCAGGACACGUCGACCGGCCAGAUAGUUGCCGAGAUACCCACCAAGCACGGAACCCCAGUUUCCCUGACGCAGAAUCCGUACAAUGCCAUCCUCCACAUCGGCCAACAGAACGGGACCGUUACACUUUGGUCACCAAACUCGACAGAUCCUUUAGUGAAACUGCUCGCGCACAGAGGGCCCGUCCGAUCGCUUGCCGUCGAUCGAGAAGGGCGAUACAUGGUGUCGGCCGGGCAGGACAACCGGAUGGCCAUCUGGGACAUCCGCAACUUCAAAGAGGCGGUCUCGAGCUACUUCACCAGGUCUCCGGCAUCAUCCGUGGCGAUAUCCGACACGGGCUUGACCGCUGUCGGGUGGGGGACCAAGACUACCGUGUGGAAGGGUCUCUUCUCGAAGGAGAAGCCGGUCCAAGAAAAAGUCCAGAGCCCAUACAUGACCUGGGGAGGGGACGGUCAGUCGGUUGAGCGGGUCCGGUGGUGCCCGUUCGAGGAUGUGCUGGGCAUCGGACACUCGGAAGGUUUCUCGUCCGUCAUCAUCCCGGGUGCCGGCGAGGCCAACUACGACGCGCUCGAGGUCAACCCGUUCGAGACCAAGAAGCAGCGGCAGGAGGGCGAGGUCAAGGCGUUGCUGAACAAGCUGCAGCCCGAGAUGAUCGCGCUAGACCCCAACUUCAUCGGAAACUUGGAUCUGCGGUCCGAGCAGCAGCGGAAGGCCGACAGGGACUUGGACGCGCCCCCGGUAGAUAUCGCCCAAGAGAUCAGGAACCGGGCCAGAGGCAAGAACGGCGCGCUCAAGAAAUACCUGCGCAAGCAGCGCAAGAAGAACAUCAUCGACGAGAAGAGGCUCAAGGUGGAGGAGAUAUACAAGGAGCUGCAGCAGAAGAAGGACGAGAAGCACAAGGAACGGCAGGCCGAGCUGGGGCCGGCGCUGGCGCGGUUCGCCAGGAAGGACUAGAUAAUGAUACCCGAACGAGAAGAGCAUGGGUCCUGCUGGUCACGCUGGACUCACUUUCGAUGCCAAAUGUCCAAAGCAUGAUGCCAACUGUAACAAUAAAGCUGGGCAAAGUCCGCCCUUUGUUCGUGUCUUGUCUAGCGUAUUCCAUGUAUCAUUGGCUCCAUAUGCAAAAAACCGAGGGCCGAGAAUCAAACUCCGAACGCGAAGCCACCGAUCGUCUCAAAAUGCCAACCUUGAAAGCGCCCUUCCCGUCUAUAAAGUUGCAUUAUUUUCCUUUUUGCUUUUCGUUCCCCCCCG